AUGGGGUCGUCGGAUUCUGGAAGCGAGUUCAGGACUAACGAAAAUACUCUGCGGGGUGCAAUCUCCAAGAAGGUGCCUCUGAGGCUUGUUGAUCAGGACGGAACGACGCUGGUGUUCAAUGUUAAGCUGAGCACAACAUUCAAGAAGAUACUAGAUGCCUUUUCUCGCAAUGUUGGGAAAAACAGUUCGGAGUUCAGGAUUUUAUUUAAUGGAAAGAACAUCGACCUUGGAAAGACCCCGGGAGAUUUCGGCUUUGAGGGGAAUGAGGAGCUUGAGGUGGUAACCUCACAGGUGGGAGGAUAG